AUGGCCAUCGGCGAAACCCCCUCCAGCCCUCAACAGGCUGCUCCACCGCAACCUAUUGACAUUGAGGCAUGGACUGAGCAGGCAACUGCCGCUCUGAGCUCUGUGACUAUCGCUACCCCUGGAGGAGAGGUGGUGGCGGGUACCUCGGUCACGCUUGCGAUUCCGCUUGACGAGCAUGACGCGCCUCCCGCUCGUGCGCGCCCUGCUGGAGCUGCCACGGCUGCGAAGGAGGGCAGCUACUUUCCCCGCAAGGAGCCGGUACGACGUGAUAGCUUGAAGAGGCGUGAAGCGCUGCUCAAGGGCAACGAGGGCAGCCGGCGCAGGCAGAGGUGGGAGAACGACCACCUUGUCAACAAUCCCUACGCCGAGCCCCCCACAUCCAAAGAUUGGGAAGUCCACCCCACGCACCGCGUCGCCCACUGCCCCUACUACCUCGCGCCACUUUGGGACGCUGGUCUCAAGCGUCAACAGAAUGAACGCAAGGUUGCCGCUAACGCGGUGAAAUCUGCGUCGAAGACGGUAGCCAACAAGCCCACGAGUCCUGGUGUCGUGCCUAAGGAGCUGCGCGAGAAACUCAAGCGCUCCCGAGGCGCGAAAGGCCUGCUGAUGGACCUUGAGGGAGAAGUACGGAAGUUUGUGGCGGAUUGGGAAGAGAAGGAACGCAAGGCAGAGCAAGACGGCUUGCCAGCUGACCCCGAUAGUGAGGACGAUGAGAUCGUGUUUGUGGGACGCAAUGGUCAGAUGAACGAUUUCCAGGCAAACUCGGAAGCUGAGCGAGUCAAGCGCGAGCUCAUGCUCUUCGAGACGCCAGAGGAAGAUGUGGGUGGUAGCUUUGGACGUUGGCUUGUGCAUCAUAUCGGUGUCUACUAUGGACUUAGUACGUGGAGCGUCACGGUUGGUAACCCAGCAAGACGUGAAGCGUAUGUCGGGCUUAAGGAUGCGAGGUCGAGGGCUGGCGACAGUCGUCAGAUCUGCGCGCCUUUGCCUCGACCACUCUAUGGCUUGGUUUAA